AUGGCCGCCUCUGAAUCUACAUGCGCCAACGAAGCAGCCGGGGAUGCCAAGCGACUACGAAAAAGGUUGCAGAAUCGAUUAAACCAAAGAGCCUUCAGGUCUCGUCAUCAAAACAGAGAGGGCCCGAAAAGCAAAAAGCCCAGGAAAAAUAGCCAAUAUCAAAUAAAUCGCUGGCGUUUAGAUGAACAAGUUGGUUUAUCGGCAGAAACACUGUCAAAGGCCACAAAUACCGGGAACGACGACCAUACCCAAGACAGUUCACCAGAUCACUUAUCUAGGACAGCCUGGUUACCUCUACCAGUAGAUCAUCGCUUACUUCAUCUCGUGCAGUACAACGUGUUCAGGGGACUAGGCGAGAAUAAAAGCGUCCUCCAGCAGCUGACGAUGCAAUAUUGCAUAAAUAACGAGAGCCAGACCGAACCCUUGUCCGACUAUACAAAAUUUCCCAACUACUCGGUGAUUCUACCAAAGACAUCGCUAGAGAGUACUUUCAUGGGCUCCCUCGCGCCGACAACUUCUCAGAGGAACAUUGCUCACUCAUCAUGGAUAAAUUAUAUCCCAUUUCCAACAUUGAGAGAGAAUCUUAUCAAGUGGGAGUUUGCUUUCGAUCAUUCUGAGUUGGUCAAGGACUUGGUUGGUGAUCUAAUAAACUCGCAUAUAUUUCUAUCGAUCCCAUCGGGGUUCUCUGAACAGCCAGUGCUUGCUGAUAAGCACAAUGCCGUACAAGAGACCAGCAAUGGAGCCACUUUUGCGCCACAAGCAGGCCUCAUUGUCUGGGGAGAGCCCUAUCGGGCAGAGAACUGGGAGGCAACACCUGAUUUCCUUCGAAAAUGGGCAUGGGCCUUGGUGGGUUGUCAAGAGUUGAUUAACUCGACGAACCAUUGGAGGAGAAUAAGAGGUGAAAGAACCUUGCGGUUGGUUUCUGUUGAUGGUGUUCCAGCUCCGUGA